CCAGAAGUUUCGGCUGUCUAUACGUCGGUCGCCUCCUCACACGGAAUCGGAGCCUGUGCGACUCGAGAGGGGAUUCGCUAGAGAGAGAGAGAGAGAGAGAGUGAGAGGAGAGAUGUCGUACCUUCUUCCGCACCUGCACUCGGGAUGGGCAGUGGAUCAGGCAAUCUUGGCGGAGGAGGAGCGCCUCGUCAUCAUCCGCUUCGGCCACGACUGGGACGAGACUUGCAUGCAGAUGGAUGAAGUGCUAGCAUCAGUUGCAGAGACCAUCAAGAACUUUGCAGUAAUAUACCUGGUGGACAUCACAGAGGUCCCUGACUUCAAUACCAUGUACGAGUUGUAUGAUCCCUCGACAGUGAUGUUCUUCUUCCGGAACAAGCACAUCAUGAUCGACCUUGGCACGGGGAACAACAACAAGAUCAAUUGGGCCCUCAAGGACAAGCAGGAGUUCAUCGACAUCGUGGAGACUGUCUAUAGGGGCGCGAGGAAAGGCCGCGGUCUGGUUAUAGCGCCCAAGGAUUAUUCGACCAAAUAUCGCUACUGAAAUCUCAUUUGCCAGAUGAUUUCUGAGGUUGCUACUAUUAUACUGAAAGUGUUUCUAGAGUGCUUGCUGUGAGUUGAAUCCAAUUUGCCUGCUUGAGAUGUACCAAAAUAUUGUAGAAAUCUAAACUUCUUACUUAAGCUUCGUAUGUUGAGAUUCACAUGCAUGCGACUUAUGUGAGAAAUCGCUAGUAGUGAUGUGAUAUCGACUCCAUUAGUUUGCUCUUAACUCUCGUUAACCGAUGGUCAAAAAAUAAGGUUGUUAGUGAGAUUAUCGGAGGUCGAGGUGAUGCUUAAGUGAGAUUAUUGCAGUUAGCGAUUUGAUCUUUAUCUUUUACAGACGCGCUAUUUCAUUUAAAUGUAUUCUAACCUUUUGUACUA